AUGAGUACAACGCAGCGGAACGAGAGCAUGAACGCCUUUUUUGAUGGUUAUAUUCAUGCUAAGACAAACUUGAAAGAGUUUGUUAAUCAGUUUGAUAAUGCCUUGAAAAAGAAAAUUGAGAACAAAAAUUGCACGAACUUCCACUCAUUUAAUGUCACAAUUCCCUACAUUUCUAGAUCUCCAAUUAAAAAGAGAUAUCAAGAUUUGUACACAAAUGCUAAAUUUAGAGAAGUUCAGCACCAACUUAUCGGCAUUAUCGACUUGAACCCAGUUUUACUUAAGGCGAAUGUGGAUUUUAGUGAUGAAGAUGCAGUGGCCAAGUGUUCUUGUGGUUUAUUUGAAAUGAGGGGGAUAGUGUGCUGGCAAAUCUUUGCCGUGUUCAAAUGGAACGAGAUUAAGACAAUGCCAGAUAUGUACAUUUUGGAUCGAUGGAGGAAAGACAUCAAAAGAAGAUACACGUUAAUCCACAAUAGCUAUGACGCAGAGGAUCGGCGGGAAGAUGCUAAUAGAUAUUCAAGAAUUAUGGAAAUUGAUGCUAUCAUUUUGGGAGUUACAAGCAGAUUUGAGUUUGACUGUAUUUCCGAAGUCUUGUACAACUGGGAGUUAGAAGCAGUUUUGAGGAUACCAAUAUCUCGAUCUGAGAACAUGGGGAACACUCACGCUCGAGCUUCGCUCGAGCUUGAAAUGCUUUGUUCAAAGGUAGCUCGAGUUGACCUUCGAGCGAACCUCUCUGACUUGUGUUCUCCAUCUUUAGCUCGAUCUGAGAACAUGGAGAACACUCACUCUCGAGCUUGA